AGGAUAUUUUCAGUGCUGGAAGCGAGACAUCAUCAGAAGCCGUAGAGUGGGCAAUGUCAGAAAUGCAAAAAAACCCAGAAGUGAUGAAAAGGGCACAAGCCGAAGUAAGGCAUGUCUUUGAUGGGAAAAAAAAUGUUGAUGAAACUUGCAUUCAUGAAUUGAAAUACUUAAACUCAGUAAUUAAAGAAACAUUGAGGCUACAUCCUUCUGCUACGCUGUUACUUCCAAGAGAAUCCAACGAGCAAUGCACGAUUAAUGGAUACAAAAUACCUGUCAAGACCAAAAUCAUCGUUAAUGCAUGGGCAAUUGGUAGAGAUCCAAGAUACUGGAAUAAAGCAGAGAAAUUUGAACCAGAGAGAUUUUUAAACAGCACACUUGAUUUCAAGGGGACAUGUUUCGAAUAUAUACCGUUCGGAGCUGGGAGAAGGAUAUGUCCAGGCAUAGCAUUUGCUAUUCCUAAUAUUGAACUUCCACUCGCGCAAUUGUUGUACCAUUUCGAUUGGAAACUCCCCGGUGGAAUGAAGCCAGAAGAGCUAGACAUGACUGAGGUGUUUGCUUUGACUGUAAGAAGAAAAAAUGAUCUUCACUUGAUUCCCAUUCCUUAUCAAUCAUCAUCCUUCUCCUGUUAAAUAGUGAAACCAUAAGGAAGAUAUGUUAGAUGCUAGUUUCUAUAUUUUCCAUUGCUACUGUAAAUUUUGCUAUCACGUUAAGUCCGUAAUUGAUUGUCAAGGAGAGAGCUUGAGUUCAUGUUCAUGGUACUGCAAGGAGGAAAGAGAUUCAAAACCAACAACUCAUUCUUUGGUGAUGCCAAGGCACUGGUUCCAAUUGUUUGCCAAUAGGCUAAAAAAAUAGGGAACUUAUGUAUAAAUCCUAAUAGGUGGAUUUAUUGUUUAAUAAGUUCUAUGAUAAUUAAUGG